AUGAAGCACGUUUUGGAAUACCAAGAUAGCCAAAAACUGCGCCUUCCUCCACAAACGGCCAGUCAGUCUAGUGGAAAGAAAAAAGGUGGCCCUGCCCACCAGCAGACCGAUAUUGUGAAAGCAUUUUCUAAAGGCACUCCGUAUGACCAAAAAAAUCGGCGGUGGAUUGAUAUUACAAAUGCCAUUACCCUAUAUCUGUGUAAGGACAUGGUGCCGUUUCUUACAGUGGAGAAACGCGGCUUUCAGAACAUGAUUAAGACACUUGAUCCACGUUACGAGGUACCUAGCCGCAAAUACUUUAGCCAAACUGAAAUGCCCAAACUGUAUGACAAAGUCCGUGAGCAAGUAAAGAACGAACUCCGGAGCAUAAAACACUAUGCAACUACUACGGUCUUGUGGUCCAGUCGCACAAUGGAGCCUUACAUUAGUCUCACAGUCCACUUCAUCAAUGACGAGUGGAAGUUGUGCAGCAGAUGCCUACAGACAUCUUAUUUUCCCGAGGAUCAUACGGGUGAACUGAUAUCUCAGGGAUUGAAGGAAGCGCUCGAGUCAUGGGGACUUAAAGAAGAGUUACAAGUCUGCAUAACCACCGACAAUGGCGCAAAUAUUGUGAAAGCAGUGGAAAUUAACGGCUGGACAAGACUGCAGUGCUUUCGUCACAGGCUCCACCUCGCCAUAGAGAGAAGUGUGAAAGACGCCCGUGUUGAACAUGCCAUUGGCAAAUGCAAGAAAAUAGUGAGUGCCUUUUCUUACGCUUGGAAAAGGAAGAGAGAAAUGGCUAAUGCCCAGGCUGAGCUAAACCUGCCUCCUCACCGCCUCAUCACUGAAACACCAACAAGAUGGGGGUCUCGACAGCAGAUGAUUCAGCGGCUGCUCGAACAAGAGAAGGCCAUAUCACAGGUCCUGAAAGCAGACCGGAAAACCAGGCACCUGUUUACAGAUGCUCUGUCUGGAGAAGAGUAUGUGAGUGUGUCGACUGUCAAACCUGUGCUCCACCUUCUAAACACAACAGUUCUUCCUCUAGCUGAUGACGACAUUGACACAGAACUGACGAAGGACAUGAAGACAGCCAUCCUCAAGUAUUUAAAUGAGAAGUACUCGGACGUUGCAACUGAUGACCUCCUGGAUAUGGCCUCCUUGGUCGACCCACGCUUCAGAUCAUCAUAUAUAGCAGAUGACCGAAGAGAGUUCAUCUUCACAAAGGCAGCAGCAGAAAUUCAGGCACUGCUAGAGACGCAAGCUGUGUCUGCCACAGAGUCAUCAUCACCAUCACACACAAGCACAGGAGCUGCUGGAGAAGCCCAGAGAGAACCCAAGAGGAGUAAACGAAGUCUGGGCAGCUUUUUAAAAAAUGCAUCUGCUCAGCCUGGCCCAGCUUCCCUCACUGACAGAGAAGCGAUUAAAAUUGAGCUUAAGAGUUACCUGCAGGCACUGGAUGUAGAAGGAGAAGCUGACCCACUGGAGUGGUGGAGGUUGCACCAGGCUAAUUUUCCCAGGGUGGCAAGCCUAGCCAAGAAAUAUCUUUGCAUUCCUGCCACAAGUGCCCCUUCAGAAAGGGCAUUUAGCACCAGUGGCAAUAUAGUAACAUGCCACCGAUCUGAACGGAAGCCCGAGACUGUGGACAAACUUGUGUUCCUGCCGAAAAACCUUGGCUGA